AUGGAUCUUACAGGAAAAGAAAAGUCUAAAAAUGGAAAUAAAGAAGAAAUUGGGAAGACAAAAGGAAAUAAUGGAGGUCGAGAUAAACAAGGAUUAGUUGAAACUACUGAGGAAAAUAAAUAUAAAGGUGGACAUAAACAAGGAGGAGAAAUUAAGAAAGGAAAUGCAGAUGAUAGAGGUGAUAAAAAAAAGGUUGAAUUUGAGAACAAAAAAGCAGGUGAUGGAGGUAAAAAAUCAAAAUAUGAAGAUAACACUCAUCUAAGCUUUAGUCUAGGUCUUAGUGAAGAUUCAGAUCAAACAUCAAGUAAAAAUUCUAAUGAUGAACAUCAGAGGGUUGUGAUCAGAUUAUCAAACAAAAAAGUUCUUAAUCCAAAUCCAAUCUUUGUAGCAAUUCCUACAGAAGAAGGACCAUCAAACCAUGAUUUGGAUGAAUCAAGACCGAAGAAGCUUGUUGAUCCUUUCAAAUCACCUUAA